CACCCACCCACCGCCCUGCGCCCCGCCGCCGCAGCGCCCUUAUAUACCCCGCCGGCUGCUGGGCCCGCCCACGGCGGCGCCCGCCCGCCAAUCACCGCGGGGAAUCCCGGCGCGCCGGCCAAUAGCGGAGAGGCAGAAGCGGCGGGACACGCCCCGUGGGGGGUGCAGGCGCGCUGUUGCCCGCCAGGGGGAGCCCGUGCGGUCAGGGCGGAAGUGGCGCGGAGGCCCCGCCCCCCCCGCCGCCGUUGCCGGGAGACCGGAGGGACGCGGGAGCCGGGCCGGUACCGGGGCCGGUACCGGGGGCAAAGCCAUGGCGAGGCCUCGUCUCACUGCCCCCACGUCGGCCGAGGCCGAGCUGCUGCUGCUGCAGAGACAAGCGCUGGCUGAGGAGGAGGCGGCCAAAGCCAAGCGGGAGCUGCUCACUCGCUUCCUGCAGGAGAAGCUGUCCCGGGAGGAGCAGAGCAGCAGGCGGGGUCUCCACAGGGUCCGCACGCUCUGGCGCUCGGCCCAGCGCAAGGCCAAGGACCAAGAGCUGCGCCAGGACAUCGAGAUCCUCAGCCAGACCUUCACCCGGGUCAUGGACUGCAAGGAUGGCGCCAUCGAGGCGCUGGUGACGGAGCUGCAGGAGGCAGAGGAGCAGCAGAACCGAGCCCUGCGCAGCCACCUGGACCUCACGGACCGACUGCUGCACCUCCAGCGCUGCCGCCUGGGCUACCUGGAGCGGGGCUUCAGCGCCCAGCUGGGCGCCCUGAAGGCCGAGUUUGAGGCUGAGAGAAGGGCCAUGCUGGAGCAGCAAGACUGGGAGAGCCGCUGCCUGCAGGACGUGACGCUGGCCACGGAGCAGGAGCACGCCAGGAACGAGCAGGAGGCCCUGCUGAACUUCCAGAGCGCCCGGGACGACAUCAAAAACAAGUGCUGGCAGGAUCAGCAGUACAGCCGGCUGCAGCUGGGGGCCAGGCUGGAGGGGCUGUGGGAGCAGAUCCAGGCGGCGCGGAGGAGCUACGCCCAGGCCACGGAGAAGAAGAAGGUGGAGUUCGAGGAGCUGAAGAGGAAGUGUGAGAAGACUUCCUGCGAGAUUAACGCCCAGGCGAAGAAGCUGGAGAAGCUGCAGGGGCCAGAUCGCGGCUCACCUGCGGAAGAGCGAGGAGCAAACGCAGCGCAUCCGGGACGAUCGGGAACACGCCCUCCAGAAACUCCAGAAGCUCCGGGCUCAGGUCACCCAGGCCAGCGCCACGGCACACACCCACCUGGUCACGCUCUCCUGCCAGUGCAGUGCCACCCUCAAGGCGCUGCAGCAGCUGGUGGAGAGGGUGAGUCGGGCAGUGCUGCCUGGGGAUGUCCCCGUGUCGCGUGUCCUGCUGUCCCUUCCCACCUGCCCUUCCCGGCGUUUCCCCCCCAGGCCCAGCGCAUCCUACGCCUGGCUGAGAUGUGCCGCAGGCUGGAGACGGAGGAGGAGAAGGUGCUGCCCUUCUACCCGUCCUCACUGGCCGAGUGGGAGCAGCAAAAAGUCCGCAGUGUCCUGGAGGAGACGGCCAGCGAGCCCCUGGCACGGGCCAUGAAGGACUACGUGGGGCUGGAGCGCUUCUGGCAGCGCUUCAACAAGGCGAAGCUGGAGGAGAAGGGGCUGGAGAGGGCGCGGGCAGCCCUGGCAGACAGGAACCAGGAGCUGCGGGGGCUCCUCCAGCAGUACCUGGCGGGGGCUACGAUCAACCAGAAAGUGCCCAAAGAUCCCCAGCCCCUCCUUGCCAGCGAGCAAAAGCCUCAUCCCCAGAAAUGAGCCCCGCGCUGUGGGGGAGCCACGCUCAGGGACACUGGGCACCCCGAGAGUCUCUGGACACCAGGACCCCUUUCCUGGCUCCACCAGCUCCAGCUGGGGCUCCCUGGCAGAUCUGCCUGGUGUUUGGGGACUCAGGGACUGUCACUUCCUGGAUAUGCCUUAAAAGAGCAAAACUGCCUGAAAAUGUGCUCCAGGCUCUUAUUCCUGGGAU